CAAACGGGCGCUGUUCCUGAUAAGACACCAUACUAUCCAAGUAUAGAAAAAGGUUUAUUAGGGAAGAUACAGAGUUAGAAGAUGUUCAACAACAGCAACAUUUUUGUUGCGGAAGAAAACCAAACGGAUCACGCUCAAUAUUCGUCGGAAAGCCAAUUUUGUUCUUUUUUAAAACAAGUGCAAAAGGGAAAUGACAUCUCUUUUCCAGACUUCAGAGCAAUCUGUAUCUUCAUCGCGAUUGCAAAUGCUCUUCUGGCGUUGUUCGUUAUACUUGGAAACAUCGUGAUCAUCGCAGCUUUUUAUCGAUAUGCGCAGCUAAGAACACCAUCUAAUUUACUCUUGCUUGGUUUAUCAGUUUGUGACUUGUUGGUUGGUUUAAUUACUCAGCCUGUUUUUACCGCCGAAGUCGCUUUAGUCGCCGCAAACUCAGACUUGGCUUGCCAGCUAAAAGAUCUUUAUGUUAUUUUCCUUUUCUCCUUUUCAUCCUCCUCAGUGGUGCACGUUUGCUUGAUCAGCGUCGAACGUUCCUUAGCCAUAAUGUUCCCUUUUAAACAUGAACAUCUUGUGACGACCAAGAGAGUUUCUGUCUUGGUGGUAGUGUUUUGGAUUUUUUGGGCUUUGCUAACCGUGUCCACCAGACGCAAUCAUGGCGGAGGUGUCAUUGGCUACUCACGCAUAACAUUUGUUGUUUUCAGCGCUCUGGUAGUGCUUCUUUUGAACAUUCGACUUUGGAUAGAAGCUCGAAGACAUUCUAGGAAUAUUGCGAGCUUUACAGGAAACCCUAAUUCCGCUACCAAUGAAGAGAAUGGCACACAAGCACGAAGAAAAUCCCCGCGCGACGGCAAGGCAGCUAAAACAGUUUUGUUAAUCAUUGGUUUAAUGGUUUUAUGCAAUUUACCACUUAUAGCAACAUUCACUGCACGUAAGUUUUACAACGUACGCGGACGAGUAAUGACUUUACUUUGGUUCGCUUCAAACACAGUCGUAUUAAUGCCUGCCACACUAAACCCAGUAACUUAUUUCUGGCGCAAAAAGGACUUCAGGAUUUCUGUAAAGAGAAUGCUCGGUUGGCAGAAUGCUGUUGAAGUGCCUCAUUGAGAAAUAUAUUGGCAUUAUUCCAGAUGAAAGACAAAGAAAAAAAAGAAAAAAAAAGACAUCUGUAGCCUUAGGGGUGUUCAAUCCCCAUAUUAAGUAUAAACAGAUAAUCUGUAUUAAUCCGUAGCUCUUUAAUAACUAGAUCUAAGCACAAAGUGUUUUAAGCCCCUUAGCGUAACACUUCAGUCUCAAAAAGCUGGGGAAAUGACUUAAUUCACCCGUUGCGUGAACAGCUUCCUUGCUGAUCGCAUUUUACUUAAGAAAAUAGGAGCAUGGAGAGUAUGGACUCGAUAAUUCCUUUCUGGAUAGAGAAAACAGUUGAAAAUGAGAAAUUAUGACUACAAAUCCCCAUUUCGGUUUAGCUUUAUUUUGUAGGUAAGGGUAGUAGCGGUGACCUAGCACAUGCGUACAACGAGAGACAGCGUGUUGCACCUUACAUGACCUGAUAUAAUAUAUUAAUGAGAUAGGGUGAAAAACAUUUAAUCUCGCUGGAUUAAAAAAAGCUCAACAUUGAGACUUAUUCCCUAAAAAUUGAGAAAAGAGCU